AUGUCGCAUGAUGUACGCAAAGGUGAGAACAGAUCCGAAGAGCCUGCCGGAGAUGAUUCUGGCGCUCUUUCGAUGUUUCAAGAUCACUACACCACGCAGCUCGAUCCCAAUUGCAUUCCUCCCAAGCAGCGAGCGGAGGCGGAUCAGCUGGCCCGUCAGAUCCACGAAAGCCAGUGGCAAACUCGUCCGAGGGAUCCCACGCAGCCGUCCCCGCCAGGCGCUCUGCAGCAUCAUGAAGUGCAGCAGGUGGGGCUGAUUCCUGGAUCCGCAGACCGCCCAGGUGCAGGGACAGGUGCUGCGAGCAGGGCACCCUUACCCGCCAUGCCGAAGACGACCAAGAUG